AGAGCAUUUGUUUUCUGCAUUUCGCAGAUUGCGUCGAACGAUCCAUUUCUGUGUGCUUUCGAGCUUCAAUGUCAGAUCUCCUAAUCGAGCAUCUGAUUUGAUCUGGAAUUAACGCCUAGUCUGUAGCGAUAAUCAAGAUGUGCGGCAUCUCAGCCUGUCUGACACUUCCUCCGGGUCACCACUUUCAUACUGAAGCACUCAAUGGAUACGCAAGCGGGAUAAACAACUUCGUCGACAUUCAAAGUCAGAAUAGCAGAGAUUUUAAUGAUCUCAGAGAUCAGCUGAGAAGGAGCCUCGAUGCCAUUAGCCAUCGAGGCCCAGAUGCACAGGGGGUGUGGGCGAGUGAGGAUGGCUUCGUGGGCAUGGGUCAUUGCCGGUUGGCUAUCAACGACUUGACUCCAGACGGCAAUCAACCUAUCCACAGUGACAAUAACGGCCUUCAUGCAGUGGUCAAUGGCGAAAUUUACGACCAUGAUCGUAUCCGAGAAGAGUGCAGAGCCAGAGGCUAUGUCUUCAAGGGUCACAGCGACAGUGAAGUCGUUCUCGCUUUGUAUAAUGCGUAUGGCGCACCUCAGUUCCUGGAUCAUAUUCGCGGAGAAUUUGCAUUCGUGCUCUAUGACGAGCCGACGGGAAAGGUUAUCCUAGCCAGAGAUCGGUUCGGUAUCAAACCACUACUUUGGACUAUCGUGCGACAGCCUGACGGGGGCAACAGACUUUUGGUCGCCCCAGAAGCGAAGGCGUUUCUACCUUUGGGGUGGAAGCCUCAGUGGGAUGUCGGUGCCAUCGUCGAUGGUGGAUGGAUGCAAGACGGGAGGUCAUUAUUCAAGGGAGUUAAAAAAUUGCCCCCGGGCCAUUGGAUGGAGAUUUCAAAAGACGGCGUGAUGAAAAUUCAUCAGUAUUGGGAUGCUGACUACAAGGACAAAACUGAGGGAGAGACCCGGAGUAUCGAUGAGAUCGUACAGGGUCUGCGUGAGAAACUGACGGAAUCAAUACGUCUUCGAUUGAGAGCGGAUGUACCGAUUGGAAUCUACCUCUCGGGAGGUAUCGACUCCUCUCUCGUUGCCGGGAUAGUAACUCACUUGGUACGAGAUGAGGGUAUCAGGAUUGGCAAUAAAGACGCGACAAGCCGUAUCAGCUGUUUCACCAUUCAGUUCCCCAAGGAAUCGGGAUUCGAUGAGUCCGAUAUUGCCGAGCGAACAGCAGAGUAUCUUGGCGUUCAGAUUCAAAAGAAGGAAAUAGACGAAAACGAAUUGGCCACCAACUUUGCCAACUGCGCUUACCAUUGCGAGCAUCAUCAUUUCGAUCUCAACUGCGUAGGGAAGUUUGCUCUCUCAACCUUGCCGAAUGCAAAUGGAGUCAAGGUUGUGUUGACUGGAGAGGGCGCCGACGAGCACUUUGCCGGCUACGCAUUCUUUCCUCCGGAUCUGCUUCGGGAACCCGAUCUUUCUAUGCCGGAUUCGCCGCUGGUGGCAGACUCGCAGCUGAGAGAAAACAUGCAAAGAUGCACGGAAAGGGAUAUCAAGAUGCUGAUUCCCCGUGCUGGCGCCUUUGAGCACGGCUGGGAACCAACGACAGCCACCCAAAAGGUUAACAACACGAUUCUUCCGCCCUGCAUUCUGGCAUGGCACCCAAAUCUGGACUUAUUUGCGCCAUGGGUGCGGGAGAACAAGCGCUGGGCAAACACCGACUGCAAGGACGUCAUAGUGAAAUCCUUCAAGCCAGCAACUCUGCAAAAAAUGCAGAGAAAGUGGCAUCCACUGCAUACAGCCCAGUACAUAUACAGCAAAGGCCCGCUACCGAACAUUCUUCUGAGCUGUCUUGGCGACUUGACCGAGAUGUCUCACAGCGUGGAAGCCAGAACGCCGUUCCUGGACCACAAGCUGACAGAAUAUGUCAACAACUUGCCACCAAGUCUCAAGAUGGCUUACACACCCGACAAAAUCCCUCCUGAGAGGCACCAAGGUCCUUGGUGGGAAGGUAUCGGCGUUGCUUCUCAAGCCUUGACAGAGAAGUGGAUUCUUCGAGAGGCAGCCAAACCGUUUAUUUUGAAAGAAUUGUAUGAGCGGCAGAAGCACCCGUUCACAGCCCCCAUCAAGUGGCCCAAAGGUGGACCGCUCCACGAUAUGCUUCAGAAGAUUCUCACUAGAGAUAGAGUGGAGAACCUUGGGUUCGUGGAUUAUAAAGUCGUAGAGGAUGGGCUUGAUUGUGGCUUUGGCGAAAAAGCAGAUGUCAAAGCUUUCAGAAUCUUGCUUUUCGUUGCUGCUUGGGUGACACUCGGUGAGCGUCUGGGAAUCCCAAAAGCUUCACUACAGGAUUGGUGUUAAGAAAGUUUGGGCUGAGAUGAUUUCCUGGGACCUUUAGUCAUUGGAAAGAUCCAGAACAUUAUAAGAUUGUGGGCACAUCCAAACCCACAGCGUAUUUUUAGAAUCACUAAGUAGACUUGGG